UACCCCAAAGCAGCUCUUUUCCACACUCAUUCCACUCUAUAAAUACGUAAACGAAUUAAUGCAGCAAAUAAAAUAAAAUACUAAUAUAGAUUUAAAUAAAAAUGAGUUGUUCAAUUUCAACCCUCUCCAUAUUAUUAUCAAUCCUUAUCAUAAUCCAUUCAAUCCGCUCCGCCGCGAACCCAUCGGCGCCGAACAUCAGAAAUGACUCCGAUUCCCUCCGUAAGGGCUCGAGCGACUACGGCAACAUCGUCCACGAGAUCCCCACGGGAGUCCUCUACCCGUCGACGGAAAAGGACAUUAUCGACCUAAUCCGCUCUCGGAGUCCGCUGACGGUGGCGGCGAGGGGCCGCGGGCACUCGGUGCGGGGGCAGGCGAUGGCCGGUGGCGGGGUGGUGGUGGACAUGACGGCGCUGGGCGGGAAGGGGGGGCGGAUCCAGAUCAGCAAGAGCUCGUCGGGGAUGUACGCGGAUGUGGGGGGCGAGCAGCUGUGGAUCGACGUGCUGCGCGCGGCGGUGGCGGAGGGGGUGGCGCCGGUGUCGUGGACGGAUUACGUGUACCUGAGCGUGGGCGGCACGCUGUCGAACGCGGGGAUCAGCGGCCAGGCGUUUCUGCAUGGCCCUCAAAUUGCUAAUGUUGUUGAGCUUGAUGUCAUUACUGGGAAAGGGGAAUUCAUGAGUUGCUCAAGAACAAGAAAUCCGGAGUUAUUUUAUGGAGUGCUUGGCGGUCUUGGACAGUUUGGGAUUAUCACACGAGCAAGAAUAAUCCUAGACAAAGCACCAACAAGAGUAAAAUGGGCGAAAUUGCUUUAUAGCAAUUUCACAACAUUUUCAAGGGACCAAGAAUAUCUGAUAUCAAACAACUGUUCAAACUAUGUGGAAGGCUUUCUGAUCACAAAUGAGAAUGCGGCAAAUGAAUGGACGUCGUCGUCUCCUUCGCGGCAAGACGACGUCGCUGCGCUACUGAAGAAGCAAGGGAUCCUCUACGCCAUUGAACUUGUCAAGUAUUACGACAAUCAAACUGCUGCCACCAUUGAUGAGGAAUUUGAGACAUUAUUGAAGGAGUUGAAGUACAUGAGCGGAUACAACAUGACUACAGAUGCGUCAUUCGUUGACUUCAUAGCUAGAGUGGGGAACUUGGACAAUGAGACGCCACCACUGCAAUCUCACCCAUGGCUCAAUCUCUUCAUACCCAAAUCUGGCAUAUUCGAUUUCAACGCCGGAGUAUUAGCCGGCAUGCUCCCCAAACUCAACCACACGUCCGGCAUCUUUAUCUUCUACCCCUUGAACAGAAACAAAUGGGACGAAAGAAUGUCAGCUGUGGUGCCGGACGAGGAAGUGUUCUACGCUCUGUCGCUGCUGCAUUCAACGCCGCAAGAUGAUUAUCACUACAUUGAUGAAUUCAACCAAGGGAUUUUGGAGUUCUGCAGAAGAAAGGGGAUAGAAGUGAAGCAGUAUCUUCCUAAUAUAAAGUCGAAGCAAGAAUGGAUCCAUCAGUUUGGCUCCAAAUGGCCAACCAUUCAGAAGAGGAAAGCCAUGUUUGAUCCCAACACCAUACUGUCUCCUGGCCAGAGGAUUUUCAACUCUGCCUAAUUAAUCACCAUUUGUACUUUGUCAAGGGAUGUAUAUAUAUCACCUGCUAAUGGAAAUGGGCGAAAAGUUCUUACGGAUUUGAGAAAGUGAAAAAGGUUAAUUAAUUAGGAUUCUCUAUUUUUAUUUGAUGGAGAAUAUUAAGUUCCUUGAAUUUAGAAUUUUAUUCAUUUCAAA